CUCUCUCUCUCUCACUCUCUAUAUUCACCGUUUUGACUAGUCUGUAGAUAAUAGCUCAAUAAUACACAACUGUUCUUCGUCUCGCUCAUCAAAACUAACUUCGAAGCUUGCUAGCCAGGCAUUACAUUUCUUGUUCCUGGUAAAGAUGGCAUCCUCGUCGACGACGAAUACAUCGGAUGGCGCAAAGUCGUCAUCAUGUCCGAGGGGCCACUGGCGGCCUGGGGAGGACGACAAGCUGAAGCAGCUCGUCGACAAGUAUGGCCCGCAGAACUGGAACUCCAUUGCUGAGAAGCUGGAGGGGAGAUCAGGUAAGAGCUGCCGGCUCCGGUGGUUCAACCAGCUGGACCCCCGGAUCAACAAGCGGCCGUUCACGGAGGAGGAGGAGGAGCGGCUCCUCGCCGCCCACCGCGCCCACGGCAACAAGUGGGCGCUCAUCGCCCGCCACUUCCCCGGUCGCACCGACAACGCUGUCAAGAACCACUGGCAUGUUGUCAUGGCCCGCCGCAGCCGUGAGCGUUCAAGGCUCCUCGCCAGGGCGACGCACUCCUCGUUCUCACCGUCCUCAGCGUAUCCCUUUGGCGCCGGCAUGCUGGCGACGAGCUCGCUCUGCUUCGGCUUCUCAAAUCCAAGCAGCGGCGGCGGCAGCCUGUUCAGCUCCCCGGCGGCUGCUCCUCCACUGUUCAAAAGCUAUGGCGCAGCUACAGGCGGAAAGGUCUUGACUGACACGAAUUUCGAGGCGGCCAGGUACAGUUACCGCGGAAAGCAGUCGGUGGCGCCUCUCUCCAUCACCUUCUCUUCUCCAAGAGAAGCGAUAGCCAUGGAUAUUGGCCAUGGCCUUCGUGGCGGCCGUGAACAUCACCAGAAGGAUUACCAUGCCGGCGACGGCGACGAGAAGAGGAAGGACGUGCCGUUCAUUGACUUCCUCGGCGUCGGCGUGUCCUCGUAAAUCGCAUGCGUGGUAGACCAAUCGGAGAUCAAUCAUUUGCAUUGAUCGGUGUUGGUUAAUUAGGGCAUCAUUAAGUUGCAUGCAAUAGUUCAGGAGAAGUAUGCAGGGUAGGUGCAUCUAUCGUUGAUGAUUAGAGCUUGUUGAUGAUCAUGUGUUGAUCGAUCGCUCAAAUAAGGUUUGAAGACACAUGGCUAAUCUUAUUUACCUAGUUACUGAA